UUUGAAUUGAAUGAACAUAAAAGGUUCGCUCCGUAAAACAAAAACGCAAAAGCCGAACUCAAACUGCUUCUUCUCUCCGUUCUCUCUCUCUCUCUCUGAUACAUUCUUCCUCGCUUCUCUUAUCGUAUCGUUCCGUCGACGAUCGAUCAUGGCAUGCAGGAUCCGAACAAGUAUGGGGAGAAUAAGAUUCGAUGGGAAUGAAGACAGACUCAGUGACUUACCAGAAUGUAUUAUCCUUCACAUUUUGUCUUUUUUGACCAUACAGCAUGCCGUUCAAACUUGUGUUUUGUCCACCAGAUGGAAACAUCUCUGGAAACGUAUGCCAACUCUUAAUUUGAAUUCACAUGAAUUUAUGACUCUCAAGAUUUUCUCUGUAUUCGUCUCUAAGAUUUUGUCUCUCCGUGAUACCUCUACUGCACUACAUGCAGUUAAUCUUAUACGUGGUCGUACUAUUGAGCCUCGACUCCUUAAAAGGUUUUUAAACUAUGUUAUUUCCCAUAACACCCAUCUCCAACAGUUAGGAAUCUCUGUAUGUGGUGAUAUUGGUCUCGUUUUCAACUGUGUUUCUUCAUGCCGGGCUCUUACAUCUCUUACGCUUUCAGUUCGCCCUAAAUGGAGCGAUUCUACAGCAACAUUAUUUCCAAAAUCUUUGAAUUUGCCUUUACUGACCAGCUUGGAUCUAACAAAUUUUGCCUUUUGCGGGGAUGAAAAUGGUUGUGCUGAGCCCUUUUUGGCCUUUACCAAGUUGAAUAGUUUGGUCAUUUUUGAUUGUAAGGUAAGGGAUGCACAAAUCCUCAGCAUAUCAAACAACACACUUGUCAAUUUAGCUAUGCAUUAUAAUUCAUCUCUCCAUGCCAAAAUCAAGCUAAAUGCUCCAAGUCUGUGUACCUUUAAUUAUACCGGUAGUUACCAUAUUCAUGAAAUAUGUGGGAGUGGACUUUCUUCUGUUAAAAAAUUGAAUAUCAAAUCAGCACAUUUUUCAGCUUCGAAGUAUGCUUUGGUUCUAUUUAGCUGGCUGAUAAACUUUGCCAAUAUAGAGUCAUUAACCGUCACUUCAACUGUUCUCCAGAUUCUCUCCUUAGUUCCUGAUGUAUUGAAGGUUAAGCUCCGUUGUUUCCAUAACUUGAAGUCAUUGAAAGUAGAACUCAUACAAAUUCGGGCAGGAUCUUUAUUACUAUUAAUUCAAGAGGCCAUGAUAGAGAAAGCAGCUGCCAAGUCACCUAAAGAAGUUGUGAAGUUAAGAAAGGCAUUUGAAACAAGUUUUGAACCACCUGCCAUACCGGAUGGAAUAGUUGACUUCUUGCGUCAAAACUCGCCGUCGGCUGAAGUUAACAUCUCAACAGAGGAUCCGUGUUCUUUUAAUCUAAAGCAGAUUGAAGAAUCUAUAAAAGGUGUGAAUAUUAACAAUUAUCGCUCGCGAUUCUCUAUGCGUUCCUCCGCCCGUCUUCCGAGACUCUCUGUGCGUUCCUCCUCUUCUGUCGCACCUGGUUUGGCUGCCAAGUCUGCUUCUGCCGCCGAGCCUGCUUCUGAUGCUGCUCCUGCUUCUGCCGCUGAGCCUGCCAAGUCUGCUUCUGCCGCCGAGCCUGCUUCUGGUGCUGCUCCUGCUUCUGCUGCCGAGCCUGCUUCUGAUGCUGCUUAUGCUUCUGCCGCUGAGCCUGCCACUGCUGCAUCUCCCAAUCUUCAUAUCUGUCUCGGCGAAAAGGAUGAUGAUAAAUGAUCGAAUAAAGAUGAGGAGGAGGAGAAGCACCAAUAAAGAUAAUGAUGAUAAAUCAUGGAAUAAAGAUGAGGAGGAGAAGCACCAAUGAAGAUAAUGGGCAGUGAAGACUUCUCAUAUUGUAAGAUGUUAGAUAAGUGACUGAAAAUAUCAGUUUGACUGUCUUUACUCAAAUGUUAUAAUGCCUACUCUGUGAACCUUUAUUGUUAGAUUUGGUAAAUGUACUUUCUCUGUGAAUUCUUAAUAUUUGAAGCCAUAUUAUAUUGUAUUGUAUGAAAACCAUAUUGUAUUGCUUCUGGAUCCUCACAACUUUCAAUAUUUUGCUAUAAAUUUGUUCUGAUCC